CUGCAGUUUGCGGCAGCUGGGGUCAAUAUACGUUAACGCAAAUCUAGGAAGGAAACAAACGUGGGCAGUCUGGUGAUGUUGCAGUAGCUCUGAUCAGACAUCAAGGUUGGAAAUAAGUUAAUUUAAAGCCGGGUAAAGUAAAAAGUAACUCGCUGGAUGUACGUUCAGGUUUAUGUGGAGUUGAUGAUGGAUUACCAACAGCUUGUUUAGCAGCCCUGGUAACGCAUGUUUCUAUCCCCUCGGACCCCGUACAAAUCAGCGCGUCCCGCUCCGUGGUCCAGAUGGAGAACUACCGCAAGGCGAGCACGGAGGAGGACCCCGCCCGCUGCCCGUUCCUCCACCUGCCCGCCGGCACGCCGCAGGUACUCGUCAAGGACGGCAGCAAGAUCCGCAACAUCCUGGGCUUCGUGUUGAGCCGCGUGGAGGCGCCCCGGCCGCGCCCCCUCCGCAAGGGGGACCGCCCGCCGGAAGGCGGAACCACUGCAGGGGUCCCGGCGGCCCCGGAGGUCCCGGAGAUCCCCGUGGACCCAAAGCCGCUCAGCAGGCAGAUCGUCUUCACGGCGACGGGGAAGGGCAUCUCCAAGGCCAUCUCGUGCGCGGAGAUGGUGAAGCGGCGGCUGCGGGGCGGCGGCGGCGUGCACCAGCGCACGGAGCUGCAGUACCGCGCCGUGCGAGAGCUGUGGGAGCCCCUGGAGCCCGGGGCCGGGCUGGACGGACUGACGGUCAGCCGCAACGUCCCGGCCCUCUGGAUCCUGCUGUCCAGGGACCCGCUGGAGCCCCCGGGGCCCGCGGACCAGCCCCCGGGGACCUCGGACGGCCUGUGGGCGCAGGAGGGGGAGGAGGGGGAGGAAGAGGGGGAGGGAGGAAGAGGAGGAGGAGGAGGAGGAGGGAGGGCGGGGGCCAAGAGGAAGAGGGGAGGCUAUGGGGAACGAGGCGGAGGGAGGGGGGGCAGGGGGAGAGGUGGACGCCCCCCAGGGAGACCCAGAGGACCUGGGAGAGGCCAGUGCCACGUUGUUUUCAAAUAAACAGCAAGUGCCGAUACCACAAUGUGUUGUUGCCUCCACUGAAAUGUCCCGCCUCCUCCAGCACAGCUGUUCCGUCAAACGGUCGGUACCAUCAUCCCGUAGCGCUGAGGUUACCGGCCCUGAGAGGUCGGUGGUUUACCAACCAAGCACGAUGAUGGACGAAGUACCAUGACGGGCUGCUCAUGUAGGAAUGGCUAUUGGCUCCUGGCUAAUGGCUGCCGUCUAUUGGCUCCUGGCUAAUGGCUGCCGUCUAUUGGCAUCUAUUGACAUCAUUAUGCAUUCGUCUUCAUGAAAGCAUCCAUCUUUUUAUUGUGAUAAUCGACCUGACUCAAUAAAGACGUCUGUUAAUUAAGGCUGACCACCUCCAUAUACACAUGGAUCUAAAUAUCGCAUCGUGAGUUAGGAUAGGAGCAGGCUUCACUCAAUGUGUAUUUAAGAGUGCUGGCCUGAAUAGUCAGAUCAAGUAAAGUAGGAGGGAUGCGGGAAUGCAUGAAUCCACUUUUAUUUGCACAGACGUUUUGGCGUGUGCCUUCUUCAGUGUGCAUCAAUUAAACUGUUUAACCGGUCUUGAAUAACCACACCCAUUGACAAAACCCCAUUGACAGCAACAAUUAAAUGUUAUCCAGUCCAUACAUGAUCAUUGUCACUAAUGUUUCAGACAGUCCAUUGAUGAGAAUAAAUUACAUUUAUGUAUACAUACGAAUGAACGUACAUUAUAUUUAUAAGAAACAACUUGGGGACAAACCUGCCUUCAUCCCAUUCGGGAUACAGGUGUUUAAAUUAAAUAUAUACCAAGGGUCUCCACGAAUAGCAGAGGCCCAUGUAGUCUUUCUUAAAUGUGAAGUCUGCAUUUUAUUUUCGUUCGGUGUAUAUUGUGUACUUAAUAACCAGCAAUUGCUGGUAAUAACCAGCAAUAAAUGAUUUCAUUUAGAUUCAAAUAAUGUUUCUGGAAUUGGUAUCCAUUAUUAUAAAUUGUAUUUUAUUCUCUUCUUCUGCUUUACCGGGUCUCAUGCGUCUUCACAUAGAGUCGGUAAACUUUGUCGAUGGAGAGUUCCUUUAAAUAUUGCCACCGUAAAGGAUUAUUGGAUACUAUCUCCUUUCCUUUCGCAAAGGUUGCUAAAGGAGGGUUAAAGGAUGAAUCAAGGCUCCUUUCCUAAAUAGUUUUAGAAAUCGAACCACCUUUCAUCCAAGCACUCCAGGAAAGGAAAUUUCCUAUCCAAAAAAUAAUUCGUAGAGGCCCCAACAGGCCCCCAGGAGCAGUGCAUACUUCUGCAAUCCACCAGUGCUCAGUGGCAAAGCCUGGUAUUGCAGCUGUUUUAGCGGGCUGUGGACGGGUCCCUCGAUUCAUGGAGGUCCGGAAGUAGAUAUCUCCGUUCACUCCAAUACAAGUGGGGAACAGGAAUGUGUCUCCGCAAAAAAUGUCUGGAUAUCAAUCAAAGGCUCAUAAUUAUCUUUAUACCAUGUACUAAUAAAAUGUAAGUUUUCGCUUUUCAAAACGCCUCCUCAAGCGUUUUAUUAGCCGCUGUUUGCAGGAGAAGAAGGGGUGGGCAGCUGAAAGGAGUCGUAGUCAAACAAAUGUUGUUCCGGCCCGGCAUCCGAGAGGGCUCAGUUUUGCACGGCUCCAUUAACUUCUCGUGUAAGUGUCGAGUGGUAAUUAAUCCGCUGUCCUUUCUUUGAUAUGUCCAUGGCUCAGACCUCUUGCUUAUGAUGCUACAAUGCUAAGAAUGCUAGAAAACCAGAGUAUUUCUGCAUCCGGCACGUCAUGCACUAGGGCGUGGCUCGAGACCUCCAUGAUGCGGAAGCAAAUCUCUCCUUGGUUGCACUGCGCCAUUGAGCAGUUUUCAUAGGAAUGAAUGGAAAAGUCCGCUGUCCUUUCUUUAAAGGGGACCUAAUAUGCUUUUUCGACUUUUAUGACCUAUAAACGUUGUUAUAAUGAUUGAUAGUCAUGUUUAACCAUACUAAAGUGUCAAAUAAUGACGUACAUGCAUUUCGACGUAUUCCCUGCUGACAGUCUGGGGUGGCUGUGCAGAGCGCUAAACACUCGGGGCAACGUUUGCGAUUCACUUGUUCACAUUUCCGGGAAAUCAUCUACUUCGUAGAGGCACUCCUGCCGCGCCCCCAUAUGCCCUACAAUUAUGGAGUCAGUUUCCUGCCAUAAUUCAAACCUGAAAAAAAAAGUUUCAAAGGCUUGUAAGUCUGGGUUUGAAAACUCAACACCUUGUAAAAAAGGUUUUGCAACACUGAAAAAAGAGAUUAUAACCUGAAAAAAAAUAAUAAUAAAAUUCAAACAUCUGUAAACAUGA